AUCUCAAAUCGUAAAAAAUGAAAAACUGUUGUGCCCUUUGCUUUUGACUGCCAAAUUACAAGAUAAACACAUUGGAACUCCUUCGUACUGAUCUUCGAUCAAGCGAACGGCAGAGUUGAGUUAGUUGGAAUUAUUCGAGUUACAGGAACCUUCCGUGCCCUCUGGUGGGAGUUGAGAAAGAGGAUUUUGGCUUUAGUGGAGGUGUACAAGCGGGUGAAAAAGAAAUAAAAUAAAGAUCAAAGAAACAGUCAAAAAGAGAAGAAAAAAAAACGAAAAAAAAAUAACAUUCGAGUCCGACCCUUCUUCAAUUCUCGCUGGCUCCUAUUGGUGUUUCGGGUGUUCCGCAGCCGUUGGGCACAGCAGCAGUAGUAAACACAACAGAGUACAAAGCCAAAAGGUAGAUAAAAAAAAAUAAAAAUAAAAAGGCGAAAAAAGAAAUGGAGGCUUAUGCUGCAGGACAGUGUAAUUGGUCUACCUCCGAGGGACGAGGCCCAUCACACGGAGAAGAAACAAGAAAUUUCCACGCGGGGUCCAUCCACAGGUAAAAAUAAGAAAAGUCGGGAGGGUGGAUAAAGUAGAGAGUGGGAGGUAGGUGGGUUGGAUAUGAGAAGGAGGAGGUAGAAGAGGAGGAAGGGUCGAGGUAUAAAGGUGAGGGUUCGAGUUGGCUGAAAGUCAGAUCAGCUUGUGGUUUGCUCCCGUGCACACUUCAACCAUUUCUUGCUCGCUCGCUCUACUCUCUCGCUCUACGCUCUCUAUCUCUCUACCACUUGACUCUUUUCGCUUUUCCCAAAGUGCAUCAAAGGCAAGAGUCGACUUUUUGACGGAAGUUUAGUGAGGCAGACAUGUUCCAGGAUUGCAACAAGAAGCGCUUCAUGGCCAGCGUGAACAAAACCGGCAAACACGACGAGUUGUCCGCCUACUUGAACGACAGCAAGUGCAUCAUCACUCCGCUGCCGCCCGUCAGUUCCAUCCGCCAUCCGCACAGCAGCAACUGUUUCGACGCCGCUUCCGACGGCUACAACACUCCCAGCCCAAUGUCUUCCGAAAGCAACGACCACGGCCACCACAUGGGCGGUGUCCAUCACUCGUACCGCGGCCACUUUGGCGAAAGUCCGUUGCCGUCGCCCACUCAUCCGCACCACCACGGAAUUUCCUCGUCGGUCGGAGCCUCCGACGAGGAGAUCCGUCAGCGGUUGCAGUACUUUUCCCAGCCGCCGAGCAACGGCUCGUCCAGCAACUACUACGACCUGCGCGUCAGCGUCAAAGACGAUCCCGAACGCUGUUACGUCUCCACCGGUCUGCCGACACCCAGUUCUCCCGGCUCGCCGUUCGACAGCCACCACCACCACCACCACCAACAGCACAUCAACACGGCGGUCAACUCGCCAGUCAGCCCGGCCCCAUCGUCCGUCCAUCCGCUGAUGGCCGAACAUCAAAACCAGUCGAGCAACCAGAGCGGCUCCGAUUCCGAGUUGACGUUUCCUCGCAGCACCAGCAGCGCAUCCAACGGACAGAAACGGCCGCUCAAGGAAGUGGCUCCGCAGGUGAUGAAGAAACGCCGACUGGCCGCCAACGCUCGCGAACGCAGACGGAUGAACAACUUGAACAGCGCCUUCGACCGGCUGCGCGACGUCGUGCCCGCUCUGGGCAACGACCGACAACUCUCCAAGUACGAAACGCUCCAAAUGGCUCAGAGUUACAUCACGGCAUUGUGGGAACUGCUUCAGUAAGGCAAGGAGGAGCCCAGGCAGGUCUUUAACGACGAUUAUUACUGUACCUUAUUGCCAUUCCCAAUUCAAACGGUUACAAGUCUCUAAAGAAGCCUAAAGACGGGUCGACAACUCAUUCCAGUUAUGCAUGAUAAAAGCAGACGUUAAGUACCUCAUCAUUCAUUUGUAUUCCUCCCUUGAAAGUUAAAAGUGUCCGAAUGUUUAGCAUAAAUGCUAUACUACACUAGACUUGCUCAUCGCGCCGCACAUUCGCCGCUGAAUGGCAAGCGAUUCAGGAUAAAAAGCUCGGUGAACAGAUCGAACAAGAGAUUCAUGGCUUUUUGGCAUGACAUUUUCAACCGUUGUUAUUGCAUACACAUAAAUCUAGUCUGUUUCGUUGAUGGUGCGCGGCCGGCCGCUGUUUCUGACGCCGACGACGACGCCAUUUAUUGUAUAUCGCCUCAGUAUGUAACUCUUUUUUUUUUCUAUCUUUCUCUCUCUCUCUUUCUCUCGUGCUAUGUGCUCAACUCUCAACGCCUUCCUCUUUUGAAUAAUUGUCGGAGCACUGUGCGCGCCCCCCUCCACUCUCUCUCGCAUUUCCACGCAACUCCGCCGGCUCUGGCCGGUCGCUGCGCGGCAUUCAUAAUUGGAGGCUGUCCAGCUCGUCUUU